ACACCAGAAUAAUAAGUGGAAAUGUUUUAGAGAUCUGUAGUUUCGUACAGGUAGCAGAAUAAGCACAAAAAAAAGUCGGAGCAUGAAUUUGGGAACGGCGUCGGCGUCCAUUUCACUUUCACUUUUCACAAUCUCGGCACCAAAUCCAAUUAUAAAAGCGAGGCCGCAAAUACGAUGCAAACCCAUAAUUACAAAAUCCAACUUUGACUGCAAGUGCAGGGCGCUGGGAGAGUCACAGUCCCAGACGACCAAACCUACAGUUUAUCAAGGGGUUUAUGGCCCUUGGACUAUUGAAGACGCCGAUAUUCGAGAGGUAAUUUUAUAUAGAUCAGGAUUAGUAACUGCGGCUGCAUCAUUUGUUCUUGCAUCUUCUACGGCUUUGCUUCCCAAUGAUUCAGUCUUGAGCAACUUGAUUGGGAGAAAUCUUGAUUUAUUUUAUGCAAUUGGAUCUUGCGGACUUGGUCUGUCAUUAUAUCUUAUUCACAUUUAUGUGACUGAAAUUAAACGUACUCUUCAAGCUUUAUGGUUGCUGGGUGCUCUCGGUUCAUUGGCAACGUAUUCUACCCUUGCUCAACCGGCUGACAUGAGUUUAGUUCAAUAUGUUAUCGAGAAUCAAACAGCUGUUUGGUUUGUCGGACCGCUUUUUGCAGCAUUGACAGGACUUGUCUUCAAGGAAGGACUUUGCUAUGGAAAGUUGGAAGCUGGCAUUCUGACAUUUGUCAUCCCUUCACUCCUACUUGGGCACCUGACUGGUCUGAUGGAUGAUGGAGUAAAGAUCACCCUAUUGAGCACAUGGAUGGCACUGUUUGUGAUCUUUGCUGGGAGGAAGUUCACUCAACCUAUCAAGGAUGAUAUUGGAGACAAAUCAGUAUUCAUAUUCAACGAUUUGAGAGAGGAAGAUAAAGCUAAUUUGAUUAAGAAGCUUGAGCAGCAACAGCAAACUAUGAAAGAGCCUUGAUUAGGAUGUAUUACUGAUCUUAUCCCUCAUUGAAAAUAUUACUUGUAUAGUUGUAAACUACUUGUCCAAAUAUCUCUAUAAGAAAGAACAUUCACAGGUAACA